AACGAUCGUUUCAGUGUUGCCACCUAAUUUGAUUAUCAAAUGUGGCCAUCUGUGUUGUUAUGAUUUAGCGUUGCCAUAUGUUGUUUUGCCAUUCACAUUUGCGCAUUUGCUGUCAUUGGCUUGUUUAAAUUUAAAAAUUGUAAAUUUUUGUGAAUAUUUACAAAAAAGUCAUAUUAACGCUUGGAAAUGGAUAAUAUUACCAGAUCUCCCGAUGUACGAAUUCCCGAAUGUGGCAUGCCCUUGCGCAUCAGAGAACUAAUGGAAAGAAUGGGAUCCCAUAAAGGAACUACAUACAAGAGCAUACCAUCCAUUAUUAUUACCCGUGCUGAUAUCAUCCCGGAGCGCUCAAAGCUUAUGCUACAGCGUCUGGAGGGAUCCUUAUAUCGAUCUCCCUCUGCCCCAAAAAAUGCAUUUUUAACAAGCGUAAACAAAAAGCAAAAGGAAAGACUGAAAAUACCAAAGGAUCGUUGCCCACUCUCGGAACCACAACCAAUCCGCCCCAAGGUGAUCCUGGAAAGAGAACGCCAAGAGGCUUUAGCAAAUCGCAUGACCUCAAUAUCGAUUGACCGCCCAAGAACAAGGCCACCAACGAACACUUUUACGUCGAGCAGGCAGUUGGUUCCCUCGAUUGGAUUCUCGUACCCUAAGGAUCCCAAGAGCCUCCAGCGAUCCGCCAAAACCACCGAGCUGACCAACACAAAGCGAAAGUUGGAUUUCCACACCGAUGUGGAAAAGGCAUCACUACGGCCGAAGCUGGAGAAGAUUGCAAAGGAAUGGCACACAAAAACAGAGUACCAGUUGCGUCAGUUUAUCUCGGAAUUAGUGAAUCACCUAGCGCACUUUAUGCCAUUGAAUGGCGUAAAGUUUUCGUAUCUUAGCAGGGGAAGCUAUGUGCAGCAGAUAAUGGAGGCAUUGCAGCACCUUCAGUAUUCCAAAAAGGUAAAUAAAACCUGGCUUCGAAUGCCAAACACUCAACAAGCUAUGGGCCAUCUGCUGGAAAUACUCUAUUUCCUGUUGGAUGCUGUUGAAAAAGGUGAGGGAAUGGCCAUGUUGCCCCCUGUUUCAAAAGAGCAGUCAACAUUAAAGGAAAGGCAAGCAACCAGCGAAAACUCUGAGCAAAAGAUUGAAUUUACCAAUAAUGAUAUAAUAGCGCUGCAUCAGCAGUUUGAUAAUCUAAAAAUACAGAAAGAAUCGAACAACAGCCAAGUAUAUCUGAAUGGAUUACUGGAUGCUCAGGAGGAGAAAUUACAUGAAUUGCAGAUAAAACGUCUGGUUAUAAUGCAGUUCUCAGAGCUUGUGAGUCUCGCCAAGAUAAAGUUAAAACGCUGCUGUGAUGGAAAUCAAGAAAACAUCAAUGCCUUUAAUCAGCAGAUAAGGGAUUUGACUGAAUCCCAUGUUUUUAAAAAUAGUCUCAACGCGUCUUCAUUACAGUUGCAUUUAAAUCCAAAUCCCACUCUGGAGGGGAUCGUCAAACGUAUGGAGCAACUACAGAGACUGUAUGAAGAGAAUUAUUUAAAUCUUCAGCAGUUAAAUAUGUAGUUGCUUCAAGGAAUCCUUUUGGCAACUUAGCUACCUACCUCAACGAUUCUCUCUUAAGGUUCUUGUUAAUUUAAGCAAAUAUUUGUGUACUACGUAAGUUACACACUGAGCCCACCAUCUAAGCUGCUGCUUUAGUAAUUCUUGCCUGAAUUUCAAAGAUUUAUUUAAUUGAAUUUAUCAACUGGAAGCUUCGGCAAUGUCCUGGCCUGGAUUUAAGUUAGUGUAAUUGACAUUUAAAUGAGUCAUCGGCAUGUUGGCUUCACUUACUGUAGGGAAAUAGCCGGAAAGUAAAGCUGCUUAGCUUCAGAUUUCAUAAAAAUAUUAAUUUUAAUUAAUGUGCUGUGCUACGUUUUAUUUAGGUUCUUUAAUUUGUAAUUAUAAUAUAAGCUAUGUCUUAGUAGUUAUGUAUAAUUUUUAUUUUUAAAUAUCGCUUUAAAGCAAUUUGAAUUGCGUAUUACCG